AUGAGUACUAAUAACGUCCUGGAAGCUUUGAAACAGAAGCAACAAUCUCAAAAUACAUUACAACAAUCACAUCCAAAACCAUCUUCAUCUGGUACUUUAGGAUCUCCAAGACCUUCAACUUCAAAUGAUGCAUAUAGUAGAAGAUCUAAUGAAGAUAGAGGAAGAAGUGGUUCACCUUCAUUAAGUUCAAGUUCUAGUUAUUCAAGAAGAGAUCAAAGAGAUGAGAAACCUUCAGAUCAUAAACCAAGUUUUAGAGAAAGAGAUUCAAGAGGUAUAGCUCCAAGUGGACCAAGUGGACCAAGUGGACCAAGUAGUGCCAGUAGUAACAGUGGUGGAUAUAGAAGAGGUGAAUCAGGUGGGUAUAGUAGAAAUGAUCAACAUGAUAGAAGAAUUGAAUCAACUCGUGAUUAUGGUGGAAGAGAAAGAAGAGAUUAUAGAUCUACAGAUAAUAGAUCUUCAAGAUAUAGAGAUGAUAGAUAUGAUAACAGAGGGUCUAACUAUAGAUAUAGGGAAAGAGAUACAAGAGAUUGGAGAGAUCGUUCAGGUCGUUAUAAUGGCGGUGGUUAUGAUAGCUAUCAUGGAGAUAGUUAUAGAUCAAGAGAUGAACCAGAUUAUUACGAAGAAUCAAAUUAUGAUCAAGAAGAUUUAUCUAAAAUCAUACCCAUCGAUAAAUUAGAAAGAAAUAUAUCAUUAUGGGAUAUAAAACCAAAAGGUUUUGAAAAAAUUUCAUCAGAACGUGCAAAAAUUUCAGGAUUAUUCCCAUUACCUGGUGAACGUAAACGUAUUGAUAUAUCAAAAUUACAAGGUUUAGUUAAAGGAGGUGAUUUAAAUAGUCAAACAUCAAUUUUAUUUGAACAAGUAAGUAUUGAUUCAAAUUCAUCAAGAUUUUCUAAAAAAUUAGUUAUAACAGGUAUUGAAUUUUCAUUAUUCCCAGUUCAAAGAUUAAUUGAUUAUUUAACAAAUUUUAUUAAUAAUUUAGGUUUAUCAAAUGCUUUUAUUGUUGAUUAUGAAUUAAUUGAUUUAAAAUAUUUAGUUAUUGGAUUAUCAAAUAUUGAAAUUACCACAAUUUUAAAAUCAAAUUUUAAAAAUUUUCAAAAUGAAUUAAAUUUAAAAAUUCAAAUUGAUAGACCAAAAGGUUAUAUAACACCAAUCCCACAAAAAGAUGAUGAAACCAAUGGGGCUGUAAAAGAAUCAGAUUUUAAUGUUAAGGAUUCAGAAUUUAAAAUUGCAAUAACAAAUAUCCCACAAGAUAUUAAAAAAUUUGAAAUUUUUGAAGAUUUACAAGAAAUUGAUUCAAUUAAAGCUAUGGAUUUCCUUAUAGAUAAAGAUGGUGUUUCAAAAGGUUUAGUAUUUGUUGAAUUUAAUUCCCUAGCACCAGAAAAAUCAAUUGAAUUAAUUAAUAAGAUUGUUAUUAAUGAAAAUACAUUAUUUGCAUUUCAACCAUGUUUAGGAUUACCAAAACAAUUGGAAAGUUUUAGUUAUAGAACAAUAUCAAAAUUAGUUGAAUCUAAUACUACUAAUACCACUUUAACAAAGAGUAAAGUUUUAGUUAUAUUAAAUGCAAUAAAUCCAGAAGAUUUAAAAAAUCCAAUAAUUUAUGAAGAAUUAUUUAAAGAUUUUGAACAAAAAUUAAAUGAGUAUGAUGCAAGUAAUGAAAAUUCAAUUGAAAUUAAAAUACCUAAACCAGAUUCAACAUAUAAAAGAAAUUUGAAAAAUUUAGAUAAAUCAGUAGGUAAAAUUUUUAUAAAAUUUUCAAAUGAAUCAAAAGCACAAAAAAUUUUAAAUGAAAUUAAUGGUAUAAAAUAUAAUGAAAGAACUUUAUUAGUUGGAUUUUGGAAUGAAUUUGAUUUUAAUUUAAAUUUAUUUUAA